CCCAGCCCCAUAUAAAUAACCCUUCUGCUUCGCCUACACUUUCUGCGAUUUCUCUUUACACCAUAAACAUCUGCCCUAUUUUUCUUGUAAUUACUAGUGAUACCCUUCGGCUUUUAUAUAUAUGUCCGCUGCCGGCAAACGGGAAACUGAGAGUCCCUUCUCCCCCGCCGCUCUCGGCUUCCCCCGCCUCCAUUUUUUCCGCUACCGUCGCCUCAGGUGAUUAAUUACUGUACGCCGGCAUAUAGAUUAAUAUAUACGUGUACAAGCAAGCAUUUAUAUUAUAUAUAUAUAAGAAUUGAGAUGCCCUCGCCGAAGAUUAAUCGGAAAGGAAGCAACGAGAAGAACAGGAAGGGAAGGUUAUCUGAAAAAGCGAUGUCGUUUCACGAGAAAAAUACUGGUGUAGUGGCGGAGAUGUUGCCGAGGCCUAGGACGGUGCCGGAAUUGCUGGUUAGGAAAAAAGAUGUGGUGAGUUCGACUGAUUUAGGGGUGGCGCAGGGAAAGCCAAAACUGACGAAGCUGCUUCUUAAUGUGACGAUUCAGAGGAGCCUUGGAGCUGUACAGGUUUUGAUGUCGCCGGAUGCUACGGUGGAUGACUUGAUUACGGCGGCUCUACGACAGUAUGCUAAGGAAGGCCGGCGGCCGAUUAUCUCCUCCACCGAUUCGUCUAGCUUCGAUCUCCAUUAUUCCCAGUUUAGCUUAGAAAGUUUGGACAGGAAGGAGAAGCUAAUGGCUUUGGGGUCCAGAAAUUUCUUUCUAUGCCCAAAGGGGACGGCAGCAGCAGUGGCGAGUGGCAGCUCCGCCGCGAACAUGGCGGCUUCUUCAAGCUGUUCAAAGGAAGCUGAUGAUAAGGCCAUGAAGAAAUGGCUGCCUUGGCUCAAAUUCAUGGAUAAUUAAGUGAAUUACAGUCUCAAUUUGUCGCAGUAUUUCAUUUUUCAAUUUGUAGUUAAUAAAAUAGAUUAAGUUCUAAGAAUUUGUACAGGCAAGUGUGAGGUGUCCAUUAAAUGUCACCUAAGUAUUAGCAUAUUUUUCAGAAAAUUAAAGGCCAUGUAUGUGUCCACUUGAUUUGUAUACUUUUGGCAUUGGACCGACCAUGACGACAAUUGCCUCAAGAGUCACGUGCUGGGAAAAGUCCUCCUUUCUUUCCAUGAAAUUAAGAAAGCGAGCCAUAUUUUUGGCCGGAGUUGUUGACCAUAUAUUUUGUUAGUUAACUUUCCGUUAAUUUCAAUUGUAAAUUGUAACCACGUGUUCGGUGUUACUUCAGCAUUAAUAAAAAUUUCUCCGUUUGUACUUAAAUAAAA